AUGAUCCUCAACUAGCCGAGGGUCAGCUCUCUGGUGUCCUGGCAGGAAGAAGAGACGAUGAGUAGUAGGACUGGCCCUGAGCAGGACAGAGACUGUGCCACUUCAGGACAUGGCCAGCGGCUGAAGUUGGAGCCCUGCUUCCAGAGCGACUCUCUCUUGCCUUCCCCCAGCGCACCCCUGAUAUCGCAGCUUCUCAGCCACCCAGUGGUUGGCAGGAGCCUGGAUCCCACCGUCCUUUUCCCCUCCUCUCAGGCAGUGGCCCUGCCUCAGGAAUAUGAGUGUGGUGCAUCUCCUGGAGAAGGAGCACAAGCCCUGGCUUUCUCCAGGACCUGUGCCCCGGCUCCCGUGCCCUGUGCUGGCGACAGGGACCAGCUCUCUGACCAGCACCUAUGGGAUCAGCUCUCCGACCAGCACCUACAAGCCAAGCGGGCCAGGGUGGAGAGCAUCAUCCAAGGCAUGAGCCUCCCACCAACCCCUCAGGCAUUUGGCACUAGCCUGGAGGCAGCUUUUGGGCAUGAGAGGGAGAGGGGUCGUGAGAUGCCCUGGGAGAGCAAGAGGAAGCCGAGGGUGCCCCAGCAGGGCGCAGGGGCAGCCAAGCAGGUGGCCCCCUCGGAGGGCACCCCCCAUGCCGAGGGCUGCCGGCAGGUGAAGGAGCAGCUCUGCUUCUUGGAGCAGCAGCUGAGACGGCUUCAGGAGAAGUUCUCCCAGGUCUGCAACUCUGUGGACACUGCCCAAACCCAGGAAGGUUCCGAGAAAGCACAUCCAUUGCCUGGAAAGCCUGGAGACAGAUUGGACAAGGACAGUGCCACUGCCAGCAGUGACCCACGCAAAGUGCCUCUUUGGAGGAGCAUCCUGGAGGUGCAAGGGCCAGAGGAGGAGGAGGACAGAGAUGACACAGGUGGCCUGUCCUCGGCAGCGAGGGCCCUCUCGCAGGCACUGAAGCAUGAGCUGGCUGAGGCGAUGUCCCGGGUGGUGGACUCUGUUCUGAAGACUGCCUGGCCGAAGGCAGCCAGCCACUUCCUGCAGCAGCACCGCAGACUCCCAGCGCCAGGGCCAGAUGCCAGGAGAGAGCAUUUUGCUGCUGGGAAGUGCAGAAAGCCACUUUCAAAGCCAUCUCCCAGGAACACACUGGGCUCGCUGGGUUCACCCCAGGCUGAGGCCCUGUCAGGAGCUCCAGCAAGGAGCCCAGGCUCUCAUGCUGGCUCCUUCAGUUCAAAAGGGGUCAGAAAAAACUCUCAGGCCCCCAGCAUGAGCUAUCCGCUGGGUUUGGCUGCCCCCAUCCAGGACAGCCAGCUGCUGAGCCAGCUGCUGGGCUACAGCCAGCACAGCCUCUGGGGCAGCAGCUCUUGCGGGACCCCCUCUUCUCUGGAGAGGGGUCCUCUGGAACCCCUCAACUUGCACUGGGGAACCGUCAAACUGAGGUCAUCGGUCAUGAGACAGCAGCAGCAGCAGCAACCCCUGAGCCCUGCUGGCAUGGGCCUGGCACUGCUGCCGGCUGGCAGGGAUGGCUGCGGAGAGCUGCAGGCUGCGAUGGACAGGGCACCCUUCACCUCCACACAUAUACAGGAGGCACUGACUCCCGGCCACCUGAAGAAGGCCAAGCUGAUGUUUUUCUUCACCCGCUACCCCAGCUCCACUCUGCUGAAGACCUACUUCCUCGAUGUGCAGUUCAGCCGCUGCAUCACCUCCCAGCUCAUCAAGUGGUUCAGCAACUUCCGUGAGUUUUACUACAUCCAGGUGGAGAAGUUUGCCCGGCAGGCGCUGCUGGAGGGCGUUGUGGAUGCUGGCACCCUCCGGGUCUGCCGGGACUCGGAGCUUUUCCGUGCCCUCAACAUGCACUAUAACAAGGGGAAUGACUUUGAGGUGCCAGGCCGGUUCCUGGAGGUGGCCAGCCUGACGCUGCAGGAAUUCUUCAGUGCCGUCAAGGCGGGCAAGGACGCUGACCCCUCCUGGAAGAAACCCAUUUACAAAAUCAUUUCCAAACUGGACAGCGACAUCCCAGAAGGGUUCAAGGCUGUCAGAUGCUCCCAGGAACUGCUCCGCAGCUGA